GCGCGGGUCCCGGCGGGCGGGCCGGGAGCGCGGCGGGGCCGCCGGGGGGACGCGGGGCCAUGGACGAGGCCGAGCCGAACGAGCGCAGCCCUCUGCUGAGCAGCGGCGAGCGCGGGCGGGCGGCCAGCAGCGCCUUCCAGGGCCGGCGGCUGGCCUGCGCCGCCGUGCUGCUGGCCGAGCUGCUGGAGCGAGUGGCCUUCUACGGCAUCACCUCCAACCUGGUGCUGUUCCUCAACGGGCCGCCCUACGGCUGGGAGGGCGCGCAGGCCAGCCAGGCGCUGCUGCUCUUCAUGGGCAUCACGUACCUGGUGUCGCCGUUCGGGGGCUGGCUGGCCGACGCCCUGCUGGGCAAGUUCGGCACCAUCCUGCUCAGCAUGGCGCUGUACCUGCUGGGCAUGCUGGCCUUCCCCGUCAUCGCCGCGCCGCACACCCGCCAGGGCCUGUGCGGGGACAUCCCCCUGUUCCCCGUGGAGAACUGCUCCUCGCCGGCCGCCAACGCCACCCUGGCGCCCUGCUCGCAGGCCGGAGCCACCCGCUACUGCGCCACCGCCACCUUCGUGGGACUGGUCCUCGUGGGGCUGGGCGUCGGCUCGGUCAAGGCCAACAUCACCCCGUUCGGGGCCGACCAGGUCAAAGACCGGGGCCCAGAAGCCACAAGAAGGUUUUUUAAUUGGUUUUACUGGAGCAUUAAUCUGGGAGCUAUCCUGUCCCUGGGAGGCAUUGCCUACAUCCAGCAGAACGUGAGCUUUGUGAUCGGGUACAGCAUCCCCACGGUCUGCAUCGGCAUCUCCUUCAUGGUGUUCCUGUGUGGCCAGAGCUUCUUCAUCACCAAACCUCCUGAUGGCAGUGCCUUCACAGACAUGUUCAGGAUCCUCACAUACUCCUGCUGCUCCAAGAAGGCCCACGGGGAGCACUCAGCAAACAGUGAAGGCCAGGGAGUGCUGCACCCGCCCCGCAGGCAGAGCCUCUUCGAGAUGGCCAAGCUGUCCCGGGGGGGCCCCUUCAGAGAAGACAAGGUGGAGGAUGUGAAAGCUCUUGUCAAGAUUAUCCCUGUCUUUCUGGCUUUAAUACCUUACUGGACAGUGUAUUUUCAAAUGCAGACAACAUAUGUGUUGCAGAGCCUCCAUCUGAGAAUUCCCGAGAUAUCCAAUGACACCAACUCCAUCCACACGUUCCCAGCAGCGUGGCUGACCAUGUUUGAUGCAGUGCUUAUCCUGAUCCUGAUCCCCCUAAAGGACAAGCUGGUGGACCCCAUUUUGAAGAGGCAUGGCUUGCUGCCAUCCUCCCUGAAGAGGAUUGCAGUGGGGAUGUUCUUUGUGAUGUGCUCUGCCUUUGCUGCAGGAAUUCUGGAAAGCAACAGACUGAAAAUUGUGAAGGUUAAAACAAUUAACCAGACAAUUGGGAAUGUUACAUACCACGCUGCAGAUUUGCCAAUCUGGUGGCAGAUUCCUCAGUAUGUGCUGAUUGGAUUCAGUGAAAUAUUUGCAAGUAUAGCAGGUCUAGAGUUUGCAUAUUCAGCUGCUCCCAAGUCCAUGCAGAGUGCCAUCAUGGGGCUGUUCUUUUUCUUCUCGGGGAUUGGCUCCUUUGUUGGCUCUGGGUUGUUGGCACUGGUGUCUAUUAAAGAAAUUGGCUGGAUGAGUAAUCACACAGAUUUUGGCAAUAUCAAUGGCUGCCAAUUGAACUAUUACUUCUUUCUGCUGGCUGCUAUCCAAGGAGCCACCCUGCUGCUGUUCCUGAUUGUGUCUGUCAAGUACGAGCACCACAAGGCCAAGGCGGGCGAGGCGGCUGCCAACGGGAGGCUGUGAGCCUGUGAGCCUGUGAGGCAGGGCACCCUGUGCCAGGCAGGGCAGUGCCAGCCAGGGCCUGCCCAGGGACCUGCAGCCCUGCCCUGUGCCCGUGGGCAGUGCCUUGGGGCAGGGGCUGCUUCUUGCACUGCGGGGGACAGCAGAGCUGGGCGUGAAUCAAUGAACCCUGCAGCUCUGCAGCUGCUCUGUGCCCAUGGGGAGCUGAAUCCACUGCAGCUCUGGAGCUGCUCUGUGCCCAUGGGGAGCUGAAUCCAUCCCCUGCAGGCUCUGGAGCUGCUCUGUGCCCAUGGGGAGCUGAAUCCACUGCAGCUCUGGAGCUGCUCUGUGCCCAUGGGAGCUGAAUCCAUCCCCUGCAGGCUCUGGAGCUGCUCUGUGCCCAUGGGGAGCUGAAUCCAUCCCCUGCAGGCUCUGGAGCUGCUCUGUGCCCAUGGGGAGCUGAAUCCAUCCCCUGCAGCUCUGGAGCUGCUCUGUGCCCAUGGGAGCUGAAUCCACUGCAGCUCUGGAGCUGCUCUGUGCCCAUGGGAGAUGCUUGCUGGGCUCCUGAGGCUGGCACACCUGGAGGGCACUGCAGGGACCCACAGGGGCUGUUCUGACCCUGACUCUGCAGGCCAGGCCUACCCUGAGGACACAGGAAGGAAACCCUGACAGGAGCCUCAAGCAGGGCAUGGGUUUUCAGUGCUGGGAGUUAUUUUGGGGUGAGAAACAGGGAUGAAUUAAAUUACAAAUCAGCACAGCUUAAAUUUUAUAAUUGACCUGUUACGGACAGUGUAUCAAGGGUUCCAGACUUGCAAUCAGGAAUAUCCAGGACUGAGGAGUGAAUCCUAAAUCCCAAUCAGGCAGCUGCUCAGACUGGUGCACAGCUAACACUUGUUGGGAUGGCAGCUGUUUGGCUGCAGCAAUGUUUUUAAUUUGCAUUAGAUGUGUUAGGGCAGCAGCCACCUCUGGCCAGGCCCUGCUCAGCCUGACCCUGCUCCUCCCCAGGACUGUUCCAGGUAUCUGCAGGAAGCAAAGCCAGCUGGAAUUGUGAGCAGAUCAAUGCACAGCAACCUCUUAGCAGCCUUCAGCCAGGUCCCUCAGCCUUGUCUCACUUUAGUUAACGUGCUCCAGGGUUUGGAUCUUUCAGCAACACAUUCCUCCAGCAGAGCAAUGGCUUCAUGUUCAGCCUCUUGAAUUUUAAUGAUUCUAACAACUGUACUUCAGAGUGCGUGCACACUGCUAUGGAAGGUGCAAGGAAUUAUGCAGAAAGAAAAUAAAACCUUUUUAUUAAUGCGUUGAAUUUUUAUAGUUUCCUUUGUCUGCAGUUCUGUUGUUGAAAAUGUCCUUAUUUUGUACACGGACAUCUUUUUAAUGAGUUUACAAAAUAAAAUGAACCUCCAUGCUGUGACUUUCGACCCUUUGUUUCUAGGUGAAUAAAAUAUACUGUAACUGC